GUGUCAUAACGUUGCAUUACGUGGUCUUGCUCUUGCUUGCUUUUCAGUCUUUAAUUUACAUUCAGUGCGAUAACAUAUGCGCUUGCAGUGUACGCUUGGCAGUUUGUAAAACAAUUGAACCAUAUAGGAAAAUGGUCUACAUGUGCCCUCGUUGCGACAAGGAGUUCUCGCACAAGAGGAAAUAUAACAAUCAUUUAAAUACCCACUGUCCAGAUUGUUCUGUUACAAUAAUAAAUGGAAACCAAAUGAAACAACAUCAAAGAAGAAUGCAUCCAGAAAGAGCCACUGCCGUUACAAAAGAUAACCAAAGAAAACAAAUGACAUCAAGGAAAGAAGACCUUAAUGAUCAGGCUACCACACAAGUGGACAACUCCACGUUACCCAGUACGAGUACGGAGAGAAAUGGUAGAGAAACUUUGCAGCCAUUACCAUUAAGCGAUCAAAGCGAUCUAGGGACAAGGUCAUCAGACAAUACAUCACAUCUCAAUACUAGUUCCUCUAAUCUUGUAAAGCCGGCUAAACCCUUAUAUAGGUGUGGGGAUUGUGAUAUUGAAACAUCUUCCAAAUAUCAACACGAGCGUUCGAACCAGCACAAGGAAAAUGUUAGAAAAAUAGUUAAUGAAAAUCUAAGCCUAGUUACCAGUGCCUUUAAAAACCGCAUUGCUACCUACGAAUAUUGGCAUAACAAGAACCACACAGUGACAGAACUAUUUACAGGUGAUGCUAAAGUUUGCCUCAUGAAGCUACUGCAUUUAAAUCGAAUCGAACAUACAGCUCUAAAGUUUAAUAUUGAACUCCAAUGUGAUUACGAAAAACCUGCAGUAAAUAGUGAGCAACAGAUAGCCCAAACAUUUAAUCACAUAACAAAAAUGGUUCUUCUUACCAUGGAUGAUGAUAUUGAGGAAUUGUAUAAUCAGCAAAUUGAUAGCCUUAACAAGGAAAUGUCAGAAUUCGAGCUAACCGAUUCAGGUUGGAGUUUGCAAAGUAUUUUGAAAUUGGAUAUAAAUAUCAAUAAGGUAUCAAUGACCAAGUUGCCGUCGGAUAUUGAGAAACCAAAAACUCAGGGGGCCAACAUAGAUGAGUUAUGCACAGGUUCAUCUGAUAAUAAAACAUCAUCAACUCUACAAUCACAGGAUACUGGUUCCAAUGUCCAAAACAAUGUUGAGGGCUCCUCGUAUAUUGAAACACCAAACAGUCUAUACUCCAAAAAAGCUUGCCUAAACAUUCAAAAUAAAGAUGAGUUCUGCUUCAAAUGGAGCAUGGUAGCAGCAUUGGAUGAAAAGCCUAAAUCGAAUGCAAAUCGAUGUAGUUCAUAUAAUGUCAAGAUCAAUGAGGUUAAGCUGCAGCUACAAACUGGCAUUCUUCUGAAUUUCCAAGGCUUGGAAUUCCCUUUGGCGGUAGAAGAUGUAAAACAUUUCGAAGCUAAUAACCCAGAUAUUAGUGUAAAUGUUUUUGGAUAUGAAAAUGAUGAAGUUGUUGGCCCUUAUUACCUGACUAAAGAGGAGAGGGAGCAUCAUGCCAAUUUACUUUUACUGUAUAACGAGGAAAAGUUUCAUUACAUUUGCAUAAAUGAUACAUCAAGAUUGUUAAGUGGUCAACUACGUAAACACCAUGGAAAAGCUUUUAUAUGCAACCAAUGUAUACAGCAUUUUUCCACCAGCUUACAUUUGGAAAAUCACAAGGCAGAAUGUGCUAAGGUAGUAACUAAGCUACCCGAAGGUGAUGAAGCCUUUUUAAAAUUUAAACAACAUCACCGAAAGCUGGAUGUACCAUUUGCCAUAUAUGCUGAUUUCGAAAGUGCGCUGAUAGAUUUGGGGCCAACAGAGGAAGGAGCGAAAGCAAGCAAACAGAAGCCCAUAAAAAAGCAUGAUCCUUGCGCUUUUGGCUAUUACAUCAAAUGCUCAUUUGAUGCAAGAUUAAACAGGUUUGAGUCAUAUACUGGUGAAGAUGCUUCUAAGAAAUUCGUAGAGUAUAUCAUUAGAGACUGCAAGGAUAUCUACAACAAGUAUUUGAAUCAGAAAAAGAAAAUGAAAAAAUUAACGACUUUGCAGCUGCACCAAUUUAAUGAGAGCACAAAUUGUCACAUAUGCGACCGACCUUUGAUAAAGGAUAAAGUGAAAGAUCAUUGCCACUUGACGGGUUUGUAUAGGGGGGCUGCGCAUACUGAUUGCAAUUUAAAGUAUACGAUUCCCAAAUUCAUCCCCAUAUAUUUCCAUAAUUUCUCAUCGUAUGAUGCCCAUAUGUUUGCCAAAAAUUUGGUGGAGCACGAGGGUGAAAUCAAGGUUAUACCUCUGAACAGGGAACUGUAUGUGUCGCUAUCGCUUUAUAUACAAAUGAGUGUGGCAGAUGGACAAGGGUCUCAGGCUUACAGCAGAUUGGAAUUGAGAUUCUUGGAUUCAUUUCGUUUUAUGGCAGCCAGUUUGGAAUCGCUGGCCGAGAAUUUGACUGACAAAGAGUUUCACAUUGUGCGUUCGAUGUUUCCCAACGACGAGCAAUUCAAGCUGAUGAGAAAGAAAGGCAUUUAUCCCUAUGAUUACAUUUCCUCGCAUGAGAAGCUAAACGAAAAGGACUUGCCUGCUAGAGAGGCCUUUUACAAUUCAAUGAGCGAUGAAGAGUGCACAGUGGCAGAGUAUCAGCAUGCCCAGCAGGUGUGGGCCAAAUUCAAUUGCGAAUCUCUUAAGGAUUAUAUGGAGCUGUACCUAAAGGCAGAUGUCCUGAUACUGGCCGAUGUAUUUGAGAACUUUAGAGCGCUUUGCCGCAGCAUACAUUGUUUGGAUGCCUGUCAUUAUUUUACGGCACCGGGUCUUUCUUGGGAUGCCAUGCUGCGUAUGACAGAAAUCAAUUUGGAGCUGCUCACCGAUAUAGAUAUGUUCAAUUUCUUUAAGCACGGCAUCAGAGGCGGCCUAGUCCAAUGCUGCAAAAGGCACACAGUGGCAAAUAACAAAUACAUGAGUGCCUAUGACGAGAGCAAACCUUCGGUGUGCCUCAUGUAUUUGGAUGCCAAUAAUUUAUAUGGCUAUGCCAUGUCGCAAUGUCUGCCCUACGGUGGCUUCAAAUGGGAGGAGGGAAUUGAUUUCGAGAAGUUCUCCCGCCAAGAGUUUAUAGAAAGCAUUGCCGCGAAGGGCGAUCAGGGCUUUAUGUAUGAAGUUGAUCUGGAGUAUCCUUCGCAUUUACACGAUGCCCACAAUGACUUGCCCUUUUGUGCCGAAAACAAAUUGGUCCAGGGCUCUAAAUGCAGGAAAUUAAUAGCAGAUCUUAACCCCAAACAGGCAUAUCGCCUACAUUAUCGCAGUCUACAGCAAUGCCUGCGACAUGGUCUACAAUUGAAAAACGUUAGACGCAUCUUAUCCUUCUGCCAAAAGCCAUGGCUGGAGAAGUACAUUAUGGAAAACAACCGUCAUAGGGCGCUGGCUAAAAAUGCCUUUGAAAAGGAUUUCUUUAAGCUGCUCAACAAUGCUGUCUACGGCAAGACCAUGGAAAAUGUGGACAAACGCAAGGAUGUGCGCAUUGUCAACCAUUGGGAACGCACCAACAAGAAUCGUUUGGGUGCCCGAGAUUUCAUUGCCAAACCAAAUUUCCAUAGUCUGACUGUGUUUUCGGAAGAUAUGGCGGCCAUACAAAUGAAUCGUCUCUCUGUCCUCUACGACAAACCCAUCUAUCUGGGCUUUAGUGUAUUGGAUCUUUCCAAGUGGAAGAUGUAUGACUUCCAUUAUGAUUUCAUGAAAAAGAAAUUCGGCGAUAGUCUAUCGCUCAAUUAUAUGGACACAGAUUCAUUUGUUUACACAUUCCAGGAGCAAAACUUUUAUGAAUCCCUAACCCAAAAUGAUUUGGAGACCCAAUUUGAUACCUCUGAAUAUGAGCCAGAUAAUCAAUUCAAUUUUCCCCCGGUCAACAAGAAAGUGUUGGGCAUGAUGAAGGAUGAAAAUUGUGGAAAAAUUAUGACCGAGUUUGUGGGUCUGAGAUCCAAGAUGUAUGCCAUCAAUGUGGAAAAUUCCAAGCAAAUAAAAAAAUCCAAGGGUGUCAAGAAGGCCAUACUCAAAAGAUACACCAUUGAUACUUACCGCCAGGUGUUGAUGGAAAAACGAAAACUCUAUGCUGACAUGUUGACUUUUAGAUCUCACAAACAUGAGGUCUACACGCAGAGCAUAAACAAAGUAACCCUAUGCGGUGAUGAUGACAAGAGGUAUAUAGCACCCAAUGGCAUUGAUACGUAUGCCUGGGGUCAUUAUAAGAUAGCCGAAAUUGAAGCAGCAAAGGAAGAGGCUCCCAGUCUACCCAUGGAAGUUGAGGAGAAUUGUAACUAGUAGUAAUUUUUUCAUAGGGAAAAAAUAUUAAGAAAAUCAUAUUGUCGAUUUUUUUCUUUAAGUUUUUAUUACAGCAAAAAAGGAUUAAAUUAAAAAAAAUUAAAAUAUGCAUAAACAGCAUUUUUCCAUUGUGAAAUACUUUCAUUUUCCCAGAAAUUAUGA